AUGUCGGCAACACCAAGCCGACAGCCCUCAACCCAUCCCCAAUCAGCACAAUCACGCAGACGAAACGCAACCCAGACCUCAGUCUCAGAGGGAACCCCUCUACCAGAAUAUGAGACCCCCGUGGCCCCUCUCACAGCAGAAAGCCAGCGCCAAAUCGCCGCCCUCCUUGCAUCGCAUCACCUCCGCAACCUCCGCACCCACCUCCAACAUGCCACCGAGAAACUCACACAUUCAGGCGGCGAAGUAAAUGAGCGUCUUAGUGAUGCCAGGAUUCGCUACGAGAAACUGAAGGAAGCGCGCCGACGUCAAGGUGACGAGGAUAUCGACGACGAGAGCAAUGAGGAGUACCAGCGGCUUGCUGAGGCAGAGACUCGAGUCGAUGCUAUUACUGCUCAGAUGGAGGAGAAGACUCGACUGGUUGUCGAUUCAGAAAUAAAGCUCCAGGGGUUGACGGAUGCGAUGGGUCAAAUCGAAAGAGAAGAGGGCGAGACUGUCGCCGCUGCUUUGGGAGUGAGACAGACUCGUCAACAGCGGGCAAGACAGAGAGCCAAUGCCGACGAAGACGCCGAUGGGACCGAGGAUCCCACCGAUGGCGAUUAUGAAGAUGAGCAGGAGAGAGAGAUGCUCGAGCGCAACGCACAGAACCCGCCUAGUCGCAAGCUGGUCGACAAGUUGACGGAGGGCGUUCAGAAAUGGGACGAGCUUUCUUUGACAGAGAGAUAUGCCAGCAAUAACUCCUACAUCGGCUUCUACCGAAUGGUACACGACUCAAAGUUCCCCGGCGACGACGUCCCGCCAUUGCCCCACUCAUCUACAUGGUUUGAACACAUGGAAGACGCGAAUACGCCAUCAGGGGCUCGGACACGUACACGCAACCAGAACCGUCGCACCUCGCCCGCCGGGUCCGACGAUGACAUUGCCAUUGAGCGCGAGCGCAUCUCCCUCAAAUGCCCAUUGACUCUUACACCUUACCAGGAUCCCGUGACGAGCACCAAAUGUCCGCACAGUUUCGAGCGCGAGGCCAUUAUGGAUAUGAUCAAACGCAGCCCGACUACUAUUGCACCCCCGGCAGCCCGUCGGGGACAGCGCCGCGUCCAUGUGGUCAAAUGUCCUGUCUGUUCUAUUCCGUUAACUGAGGACGACUUGCGGCCAGAUCCUGUUUUACUACGACGUGUUCGCCGUGCCCAAGAACUCCAGGAGCGCGAGGAGGAAGAUGAUCACCUUGAAGGGGAUGGCAGAAAGCAGAAAGAUCGCAGUACCGGCAUUACCUUGGGUAGUGACGUGGAAAGCGAUGAUGAUGCUAUGGAUGUUGAUGCCCCUCCUCCCUCACAGCACAUCAAAAUGGAGCCGCUCAGUCAGGCUGCUCGGGCCGCUCAAUCUGAUGAUGAGUCCAGUGGCGAUGCGGAGAGUCAAGAUGCUGAGGCUGAGGAUGGGGAUAAUGUAGGAGUGGAGAGUGAAGAAGGGGAGGAUGAAGAAGAAGAUGAUGAUGAAGAUGAAGACGAAGAAGGGGAAGACGAGGAAGAGCAGAUCGAAGAAGGAGAGAGUGAAGAGGUGGAGAUUGAUGAAGAAGAAAAUGAACACGUGGAAAUGGAGGAACCGGACAAGCAAGAAGGUAAGAACGGAGAAGAGGAGAAUGAAGAUAUUGAAGAGGCGGAGAUUGAACAAGAACAGGACGAAGACGUUGAUCUUGCGGUACCACACAAUGAACAAACACAAAAUGAAGAGGUGGCGAUUGAAGAAGAACCAAAUGAAGACGUUGAUCUUGCGGAACCACACGAUUCAGAAAGUGAGAAUGAAGAAGGGGAGAAAGAGGUCGAUAUCGAUGGACUGACCAAUGAAGAAUCAGGGAAUGAAGAUGAUGAAGAGGUGGAGAUUGAGCAAGAACAGGCUGAAGACGUUGAUCUUGCGGAACCACACAAUUCAGAAAGUGAGAAUGAAGAAGGGGAGAAAGAGGUCGAUAUCGAUGGACUGACCAAUGAAGAAUCAGGAAAUGAAGAUGAUGAAGACGUUGAUCUUGCGGAACCAGACAAACAGACACACAAUGAAGAGGUGGAAAUGGAGAAACCGGACAAUACAGAAAGUGAGAAUGAAGAAGGGGAGAAAGAGGUCGAUAUCGAUGGACUGACCAAUGAAGAAUCAGGGGAUGAAGAUGAUGAAGACGUUGAUCUUGGGGAACCACACAAUGAACAAACACACAAUGAAGAAGUGGAAAUGGAGGAAUCGAACAAUGCAGAAAGUGAGAAUGAAGAAGGGGAGAAUAAAGAGGUCGAGAUCGAUGGACUGACCAACGAAGAAGCAGGGAAUGAAGAUGAUGAAGAGAUUGAUCUUGCUGAAUCAGACGACGAACAAACACAAAGUGAAGAGGUCGAGAUUGAACAAGAACAGGACGAAGACGUUGAUCUUACGGAGCCAGACCACGAACAAAUACAAAGUGAAGAAGUGGAGAUUGAACAAGAACAGGACGAAGACGUUGAUCUUACGGAGCCAGACCACGAACAAACACAAAGUGAAGAGGUCGAGAUUGAACAAGAACAGGACGAAGACGUUGAUCUUACGGAGCCAGACCACGAACAAACACAAAGUGAAGAGGUGGAAAUUGAACAAGAACAGGACGAAGAUGUUGAUCUUACAGAACCAGACCACGAACAAACACAAAGUGAAGAGGUGGGAGUGGAGGAACCGGAUAAUUCAGAAAGUGAGAACGAAGAAGGGGAGAAAGAAGUCGAGGUCGAUGGACUGACCAACGACGAAGCAGGGAAUGAAGAUGUCGAGAUUGAAGAGCCAGACAACGAAGAAGUGGAGACCGAUAAGGUUGACACCGAACAAGGGCAAAGCAAGGAAGAGCAAAACGAACAGAUGGAACUCGACGAACCAGAAAAUGAAGAUCAGAAUGAAGAAGUGAUUGAAGAAGUGCUUGGUGAGGAAAGGCAGAAUGAGGAAGAGCAGGAUGAAGAAGUGCAGAACGAGGAAAGACACAGCGAGGAGGAGAAUGGGGAUGAUGAAAAUUCAGAUGUGCAGAGCGAGCAAGGACAGAAUGAAGCUGUGGAUUCUCCGAAGGAUGUCCAACAGGUGCAUAUCCAGAGCGAGCAAGGGCAGAAUGAAGCUGUGGAUUCUCAGAAGGAUGUCCAACAAUUGGAUAUGCAGAACGAGAAAGGGCAGAAUGAAGCUGUGGAUUCCCAGAAGGAUGUCCAACAAGUGGAUGUGCAGAGCGAGAAAGGGCAGAAUAAGGAUACCAGUGAUGCCGAGGACACCGAGGACAGUGAAGACACCGACACCGACAGUGAUAGUGACAUUGAGGUCAAAGUCGAGAGUGGGUCCGAGGACGAGGAGGUUGAAAGCCAAGAGAGUGACUAA